CCUCCACCCAACCACCUGCCUCCCCCACCUCCACCCAACCACCUGCCUCCCCCACCUCCACCCAACCACCUCCACCUGCCUCCCCCACCUCCACCCAGCCACCUGCCUCCCCCACCUCCACCCAACCACCUGCCUCCCCCACCUCCACCCAACCACCUGCCUCCCCCACCUCCACCCAGCCACCUGCCUCCCCCACCUCCACCCAGCCACCUGCCUCCCCCACCUCCACCCAACCACCUGCCUCCCCCACCUCCACCCAGCCACCUGCCUCCCCCACCUCCACCCAACCACCUGCCUCCCCCACCUCCACCCAGCCACCUGCCUCCCCCACCUCCACCCAACCACCUGCCUCCCUCACCUCCACCCAACCACCUGCCUCCCCCACCUCCACCCAGCCACCUGCCUCCCCCACCUCCACCCAACCACCUGCCUCCCCCACCUCCACCCAACCACCUGCCUCCCCCACCUCCACCC